GGUAAUAAAAAAUACAUCCCAUCUCUUAAAUCUGUCUGUAAUGAAAACAUAAAAGAUGAAGAAAACUCAUCAAAUGCCUCUCUUGUAUCUUAUAAUGGAGCAUUUGUUGAUAUUGGAAAAUUGAUGGAGCAGUUGGAUAAAAGUGAAAGAGCUCGUUUUGAAGCAGAUGACAAACUGAAAAUGCUGCAGCAACAGUUAGGUAAGCAUGAUUCAUAUUUUUUACUCAAUGGUUGGUGUGAGAGCACUUAUGGUUUCAAAAUAAAUCCAAGUGAAAAGUUUAUAAAAACAGAACAAAAACAUUAA